AGUGGGAAAGUUGGCGCGGCCCCGCCGGACGCUGAAGACCCGGUGGCGGCGUGACAGAGGGACGCGGCAAGGAUGAGCUCCUUCCUCGAGUACCCUGUGCUCGGCGGCGACGCCGCCCGCGCCUACCACCCCGACCACGGGAUUACAACUUUCCAGCCCUGCGCCGUCAGCGCCGGCAGCUGCAGCGGGGAGGAACACUUCCUCUCGGGCCGCGGGAUGCCCAUCAGCCCCCAUCGCCACCAUCACCAUCCCCCGGCCCAGCCCGCCGCCUACCAGCACCACGGCGGCCUGGGGGUGUCCUACGCACACCCCGGCUGCGGCCCGACUUACGGCGCGCAGAGCUUCGGACCGGCGUACGGCUCCUACCCUCUCGGGCAGGACGCGGAACUCGGCGGCGGCUUCCCCCCCUGCGCCCCCGCCGUGUACUCGGGGAGCAUCUCCUCCUCCGCCGCCGCGCAGCAUCCGCACCAGGGCUACGCAGGGGGUCCCCCUCAGUACGUGCCUCCCCCGUACGGGCAGGAGCAGCAGAGCCUGCCUCUGGGCACCUGCAACCAUACCCUCUCUCCCCUCCACGCCGGCCACCGGGAAAACGCCCGCUCCCCCUCCGCCGAGACCUCGCCGCCGGCGCAAACCUUCGACUGGAUGAAAGUGAAAAGAAACCCACCCAAAACAGGCAAGGCUGGUGAGUACGGCUUUGUGGGACAGCCCAACACUGUCAGAACUAACUUCACCACCAAGCAGCUCACCGAGCUGGAGAAGGAGUUUCAUUUCAACAAGUACCUGACCCGGGCCAGGCGGGUGGAAAUCGCUGCCUCCCUCCAACUCAACGAGACGCAGGUGAAGAUCUGGUUCCAGAAUCGGCGGAUGAAGCAAAAGAAACGGGAGAAAGAGGGUCUGCUGCUCAUCUCUCCCACCACCCCCACGCGCUGCGAGGAGAAGGCAGAGGACUCCUCGGAGAAAUCCUGCCCCUCGCCCUGCACCGCCUCGCCUGCCUCCUCCACCUCAGACACACUCGCUGCCACCAACUGAGGCCUGGUGCGCCUUGACGGACGCCCAUCGCAGCCCCCCACCAGUGCAGCUUGCGUCCGUUCACCGCAGUUAUGUGGGUCCUUUGGUCGGUCCCUCUGAGAGGUCCUGGCAGGCUGCCCCCACUCACACCGGCCCCACCACUCGCCUACCUGCUGCCGGGCCCUGGCACCUUGGUGCCAGGAGAUUUUCUUUUGCCUCCCUGCCCCCAGUCCUUUCUGCUGGCGGAGCUGUGUUGACACACACAUAAGGGUAUCCCCCCCUCCACUGCAAGGAUGCUACUCUGAGCUUCCCUGAGUGAAAGACAUGUUAUCUAGGGUACAUAACCGCAAAAGAUGCACUAUUGCAAGUGUUUACACAACUUAUAGGACGUACAUCCCCUUAAUUUAAUGUAUUCUUUGUUCAUAUCUAUGAGUUUGUUGCUUGUAAAUACUUUGUCCGAGAGAUAUAUCUUUUUACAGAUUUUUCUAGAAAUGACGUUUCAAUUAUCAGGUGAAGCAAGGUGAGUGCAUUCGCCAAACUGGAUCCACUUUUAUAUUGAUAAAGCUGACAACCAUAUUGAGUAAAACAUCUUAAGCUCAAGCAGAUACCUCAAAAAACUAGCGCUAUUUCUUUAAAUGUGACAAGGCUUCAAUUGCACUAGGUUUUGUAAACCUUACUCAGUGUGCUUGCCCCUCCUCCAUCCACUCUUCCCCCCGAAAGCUGUGCUGGACUGUACUCGACCGAAGGGUAUUAACAGUCCAAAAGACCUCACCUCUUCCUAUUUUCAUAUUAACCUUCCUUUGGACUCGAUGUCUUAUCAACCUACUCGUGAAUGUGACGAAUGGCCAAAUGAAUGUAUAAUGUCUGUGGUUGGUGUCUGGACCAUUGCAUGACGCACUGUGCUUUGCUGUACUGCGGGUACACUGAGUUCUAUCAGUUAUUGUGUGUGAGCGAA